GGCCGAAACCGGCGACUAUAACCGGCAUGGCGGCGUGGGAUCUGCGCGGCCUCGGGACCAAGUACCCGUGGCUGACCGUCAACGAGACGACGCUCGCCGACUUUCGCGAGCCCUUUGACUGGAGUCGCGACGAAGAAGACGUCCGGUCCAAGCCGCGGACCAAUGCAGCGCGCGAGGCCGGUCGCAAGAUGGUCCUGGCGCACAGCCGCGACAAGGUCACAGACGCCGUCGUUCUCAAGGAACUGCCCACGCGCAAUCGACCAAAAGCGGCGAUCGACAGCCUCGACGCGAUCGUGCACGAGACAAAGGCGCUCGUGGUUGCCAAGCCCUGGCAGGCGCCAGUGAUCGCGCACACCCGCCAGAAACGACAGCCGCCGCCGACCACGACCAUCAAGGCACCGCGAAAGGAAGCGCCGCGCUUGCCGACGACGCAGCGCCUGAACGCUGCGCGGCGGGUCGCCGAGGACGACGAGAGCCAUCUGCGGGCGCUGCUGGCGCAGCAGAUCGAAGCGCAGCGCGCGACGCUGCCGCUCACGUUUCUCUUUGAGCGCAACAUGACCGAGUACUGCAAAGCCAAAGGUGUCGCGACGAUCAUGGCCGUCUUCUCCAAGCUCCAGAACAAGUACCUCGACGAAGGUCUGCGACGCUGGAAGCACCACACAACCUCGCGGCGCGCCGCCGACACCAAGGCCAGAGUCCAAGCCCAGAUGCAGGCGCGGGCCGUUCAGCUGUUUCAGCGCGUCGCGGGCGGCUGCUUGCUCGGGAACCUCCGCACCGCGUACACAAGGUGGGUCGACACGACGCAUGCGCUCGUGGCUGCUCAGCGGAACCGCGCCGCCAUCCGCAUUCAAGUGCAUGUCAAACGACGGCGCGACAUGGCCGUCCUCGCACAGCUCAAGCUCGCCCGCGAUGCCCGCAAAGCGCGCAACACACAGCUCGUUUUGGACCUCUUGCUGUUCGAAGCCACGGGCUACGCGCAAUUGUGGAUGAUCCGCCGCCAAGCCACCGCGAUCCGCGACCGACAGGCCAUCGAAGCACAGCUCCACGCCGCAUGCGCCGUCGCCAUCCAGCGCCGGUACCGCGGCCACCGCGCGCGCCACUUUGUGCACGAGCUGCGCAUCGCCCGCCACGAGGCCGAGCGCGCACGCGUCCAGGCCGAGCUCAUGUACCUCGCCACCUUACGCGCCGCCGCCAUUGUCAUCCAGUGCGCCGUACGGGUCUUCCUGGCCAAGAUUGCGCUCUACGACGCCCGCAUGCGCGCACGCAUUCGCAGCGAGAACGCUCUCCUCAUCCAACGUGCGUGGCGCACGAGCAAAGGCCAGAAAGUGCUGGCAACGCGGUUCGCCAAGCGGCAGUUGACGCUCGCCGAGCAAGCGGAGAGGGAACGCUACAUGGCCAAGCAGCGGCUCUUGGCUGAGAUUGAAGUGAGGCGGCAGGCGGCAGCCACCACGAUCCAGCGUCGCGCGCGGGGUAUCUUGGGCCGACGCCGUGCGCAGAGCCGGCGCUACGAGAUCGCACUCGACGCAGCGGCGCGGCGGGUCCAAGCUUCGUGGCGCAAGUCCACAGGCCGGUUUGCUCUGCAUUUGCGGUUCUUGGCCCAGAAAGAGCGGCUCGCAGCCCGUCGCCUCGAUGCUGCCGUCUGCAUUCAAUGCGCGUUUCGGUGCUUCUACGCCACGCAGCGCGUUCGUAUCUUGCGCCGUGAGCGACAGGCGCGACUCGAUGAAGCCGCGCGGCAAGUGGCGUGGGCGCGCAAGCAAGUCGAGAGUGCGCUGCGGAUCCAGUGCCUCUACCGCGGCUACAAAGUGCGAGCAAAAGUCGCCGCUUGGCAUGCGGCCGCCACGUCGAUACAGUGCAUGGUGCGACAACACUUUGCCCGUGCGGUACGACGUACUCGCGAGAUCGAACUGCGUCAACUCCAAGCCCGGCAACACGCAGCGGCCGUCACGAUCCAGCGGAUCCAGCGGGGGCGCAAGGGACGGCGCCGCGCGAAAGCUGAAGCCGAGGCCCAGCGCCGUGCGGCCGAGCAGCGCCAGCAGUCGGCCAGUCGCAUCCAAAGCCGGCUGCGUGGCAACCAGUCGCGAACGGCACUGCGGACGCUACACCGGGCGCAGCAAGUGGUGCUCGCGCAGCAGCGACGCACGACAAGCCGUGCGCCGUCGCCACUCGCAAAGCUUCUCAGCAGCUUGCCGCUCUCGGCGCUGACGUUGACUCACGUCGCCGCCAUUGACGACGGCAUUACAGCUGCAACGCUUGCGAUGCAGCGCGAAGACCGCGCCGUGACGCGAAUCCAGUGUCUCUACCGUGGCCGCAACGGGCGCUUCGCCUACCACCUCCUCCUUGAGGCUAAAUACCGGCGGGACCUCUUGGAGGCAGCGAGCGCUACCCAGAUCCAGCGUCGGGUUCGUGGUCGCAUGGGCCGCGCUCUCGUUGCCAAGGUUCGAGCGCGCAAGCAGCACCACGAGACGGCGCUCGCGUACAAGCGGUCGCUGGCGGCGCGUGAAGCCAAAGAAAAGUGGCUCAUGGACGUCGACAUGGAGAAAUUCCGCGCCCAAGUCGAGAAGGAGCGCGCGCUCGAACACGCGCUGCGCAUCGCCCGCGCCGAAGCCGACCUCGCGCGCGUCCAAGCCGAAGCGCUUGAGCUCCAGAAGCGCAUUGCCGACACCAACAAACAACUGGCCGAUGAGAAAGCGAGCGCGUGGGACGAAGUGACCGACAGCUACGGCUACGUCUACUACAGCAACCGACUCACAGGCGAGACGUCGUGGGAGAUUCCUAGCCGAGCGGCCAAGAAGGCAAAAGUCGCAGACGGCGCACCGCCCAAGACCCCGGACGCGUGGGAAGAGCUGUACAACCCCAACACGGGCCAAAUGUACUUCCACAACCGCGCGACAGGCGAGACAAAGUGGACACCGACGGACGACGCACCACCCGUUGGUGACGCGGCAUCGAUAGCCCCACCCAAGGAGCCCGAGCCUGCCUCGAGGCCGUCGACACCCGCCGCUCGCCUUGCCACGCCCAAGCCAGCUACCCCCAAGCCUGCCACACCGUCCGUACCGGAGGUUGCCAAGCGUCUCUGCUGGUGCUGCAAGAAGGCCAGCGCGGUGAAAGAGUGCGUGCACUGCCCCACCCCCAACGUCGCGUACUGUUCGUCGUGCUUCGCCAAGGAGCAUCGAGCCGAGACCAAGCGCGCACACGACUUCAAGCCGCUUCUCGCUGACGGCACGCGCGAGCAUGCAAAGUGCCAACACUGCGACGCCUUGGCCACGUACCAUUGCCCAGCGUGCGACGCCGGCACCCGCUUCAGCUGCGACGAUUGCUUUCAGCUGCGGCACGCGACGGCAGAAAGGCUCACGCACAAGCCGCUGCACUUUAGCUCCAGCGCGUCGCUGUGCUCGCACUGCGUAGCGAGCGAGCGCUGCGUCGCGCAGCGCAUCUGCCACGACUGCCACGACAAAUUUUGUCCCGACUGCGCCGCGGCGGUCCAUGCCUCUGGGAAGAAGAAACUCCAUCACAUUGAGCUUCUCAAUGUGCUCAAGGUGGACUUGGCGCCGCUCGAGACGUACUGCAUCCGGUGCGACGUUGAUGUCGCUGUCCGUUUCUGCAACCUCUGCGGCGACAACUUUUGUGUCGCGUGCUACGAGACGGAGCACGCAAGGGGGCGCAAGGCCGAACACACGUACAUUCUCUGCAGCGACGCGGCGACGGCCGGGGACUGGGUCGAGAUUUUCGACGAAAAGAGGGGCGGGCACCUCUACUACAACCUCGUGACCAAAGAAACAGUUGAGGCCAAGCCAUCGGUGCUGCUGCUGGGACUCGAGCGCCACCGCGACGGCAUCGCAGAGAGUCUUCGCGAGAAGAAGAAGAAGGAGGUCGAGCGCGAGAGUGAGCUUGUCGCACUCCGGGAGACCGUCAAGGCGCUUCAAGAAGAGAAGGAACUCGAGCGCCGGUACCGCGAACAGCAAGCGAUCCUCGAAGACGACCCGGAACUGCUCACGACCAAGCCGAAAAAAGCGUGGUGGAAGUCCAAGGCGCAAGUCGAGAAGGAAAAGAAGGAGCGCGAAGACAAGGUCGUCAUGGCCCUCCUCGUGACCAACCAGCGCAAAGCCAAGAUGCACCAAGAGGCCAUGGAGAUGGGUUCGUCGACGUACGCGACCGCGAUCCUCGACAGCGUCAUUCAGCCCACGUAGAGCACUUGACUCAGUUUUGAUCCACGUAGUUAGGCGUUUGUGUCGUACUAUGAGCCGCCUCGCGUGAGGUAGCUAUUAUCAAGAGCAUCGAUUUUCCCUUGCGAUCCAGUUGACGUGUCGAGAUAAG